AUGCCCGAUUUUCCAUCUGAAGCCUACACGGAAGCCCAACAAAAAUGGCUUGGACGGGAUCACCUUAUCACUCCAACAAUUAAAAAAGCAAUUGGAAAUGUUUUGGAAGGAAAGAAGGUUCUAGAUGUCGGGUGUGGAAAUGGUCACUACUCAUUCGACUUCCUUCAAUGGGGUGCUGAUGAAGUUGUUGGAAUCGAUAAUUCCCCAGAAAUGAUUCAAAUUUGUCAGGAUUCCCAAAAGAAGCUUCCAGAAUCAUCCAAAAUCGAUUUUCACGAAUCCAACAUCACCGAUUUCAGUCUUCAGAAGCAUUUCGACGUCGCCACUGCCUUCUUCGUUCUCCAAUUCCUACAUUCAAAAUCCGACGUGGCGAAGGCGAUUCAGAAUAUUUCGAAUCAUCUGAAAAGUGGAGGAAUUCUAUUCGGAUUGAUUCCAAAUGGCAUAGAAGGCGUCAACCCUCCAGAAGACAUGGGAUGGAAAUUGGGGGCUCAGAUUCAAAAGACACCGGGGAGCCAUUUUUUCGAUGGAGAAAUUAGGUCUGCGGAAGCUCCAAAAUUGCUCUCCACUCUCGUGAAUUCUAUGAAAAGUGCUUCAAAGAUUCAGGAUUCUCCAAAAUCGAAUGGAUCGCUCCACAUUUCACAGAUCAUGCCAAAAAUCUACUGGGGGAAGAAUUCUGCGAUCAAUUUUUGA